CACGCUCGUUGCCUGCCUCCCUUUUGCGCUCGGAGGAGCAGCGUAAGCAGCACCGCGAAGGCCACGCGGCGCGGGGCGACGGCCGGAACGCGAGGUGAGGGGUUUGGCUCGGCCCUGGUGGAGAAGGAGAGGAAGAGAAAAGAGGUUGAUGAUGAGAGGUGGGGACCUCAUGUAAGUGAGAGAGGAGGAAGACGCAUUAGUAAAUAUAAUUGAUAAGAUAAGGAUAAGGAUUAAGGAUGUAAUAAUAAUACGAUUUUGGAGUUAGAGAACGACCAAAUGGACUUUUCUGUAAGAUUUUUGCGCCGCCGCGCCGUGGACUUCCAAUUCAUUUCGUUAAUUGGUUCCUCAUCCAGUGUUAAGAGACAGGAGGAAGCCUCGCACCGUGGCCGCGCCUCGGCCGCCAUCCACGGAUCCACCCGACCACCGACGCCUCUGCAUGCCGAUGGCGGCACAGCUCAUCAAUGGCGCCCCCACCACCACUUCCCUCGCCGACGACCUCCACGCCGUAGCCGAGGUCCUGCUCCGCCUCCCGUCGCCGGCUGCCCUCGUACGCGCCGCGCUCGCCUCGAGGCGCUGGCGCCAGAUCGCCUCGUCCCCAGUGUUCCUCCGCAGGUACCGCUCCCGCCACACCUCGUCGCCCCUGCUCGGCCUCUAUGUCCCGCGCUCGCACGCCGGGCUCCCCUCUUUCCAGCUUGCGGAUUCGGUCCGGUCCGACCGCGCCCUUGCCAAAUUUGUGCGCGCCGGCGAUUUCAAUCUCACCGGCCUCGGGAGCCACCCGGAGUGGCGCCUCCUUGACUGCCACAACAGCCGCCUCCUCCUCUCCAGAGGCGAGUCACGCGCCGUGUACAACCCCGUGUCCGGGCACGAACCCCUAUGGCUUCCGCUUCCGCAAAUUAGUCCCCUCGAAGGCACCUUCAUUUCUGAAUGCUUGUUGCAAGGCCGUUGCGACGAUGCGGCGUCGUUCCGCGUGUUCAGUGUGCAGCACCGUGGCUGUGACCAGAUGGUGCGAGCUGCUGAGUACGACUCAUGUACUCGCCAGUGGCGUCGCCAUCAGUGGGUGAAGAACAUCAGCAGACCUCAACAUGACCAGGCGAUGCACGCCGGUAGGCUCAUCUUUUGGAGAUACGAAGAUACUUCAUUGCUCUUGCUUGACACAGCCACUGUGGAAUUCUCCAUACUUGGUCUCCCCUUCACCUUCUUCCAACCGUCAAUGUAUGCCAUAGGAGACACCGUCGAUGGUGUCUGCUGCCUUGUGGGCCUUGUUGGGAGUGCUAACAACCUUCAUUUGCAAGUGUGGCUGCUAAAGGAGGAUGGUGUUGCCAAGAUGUGGGAGCCAGAGAAGAAAGUUCCAGUUAGCCAAGUGCUUGGCAGGGAUGCCCAAUUGCAUCAAGUCCAUGUCGUAACCAAUGGAGUAGCUCUUCUAGGUGGCGACCGGUGCCACCAAUUUGCCAUCAAUCUGAAGAAAAUGUGUAUCGAUGCUGAGUUUGAGUGCAGCGCUCUUGGUUAUCCUUUGCAUAUGCCAUGGCCACCUGCAGUGUUGGUGGAAACUGGUAGGGAGACUAUUAAUUAUAUUGUGGAUGUUGUAACAAAAAAUCUUUCGACAACUAAAGAAACUGAGAUGGUUUACAAAAGCAAGACAAUCCCUACUAGCAGGCUAGAUCAUGUUGGCGACAUGAUCCCCUAUAAUCAAAUGAUCGUCCAUGGCAGUGAGAUGGUCCAAGGUAUUCAUACGACUCAUGGUAAUGACACUGCUGAGUCAGUGGUACGAACCAAAUCAAGAUGUGGCGGCGAGAUGGUCUCUAGUGAUCAUAGUGGUAAGAUGAUCAAUUGUAAACAGACAGUUAUCUGUGGUAGUGAGAUGGUUCAAGGUAUUGAGAUGACUCAUGAUAAUGGCACUACUGAGGUGACUACUGCAUCAAGAUGCAGCAACCGGAUGGAUCAUGGUGAGGAGAUGAUCCACUGCAACCAAAUGGUUAUUCGUGACAGUGAGAUGGUUCAAGGUAUUGAAAUGACUCAUGGUACUUACACUGUUGAGGCGGCACCUACCGCAUCAAGACAUGGUUGUGAAAUGGUCCCUGGUAGGAAGAUGGUUCAUGGUUGUUCAAUGAUCCGCUGUAAUCAAAUGGCCAUCCAUGACAGGCAGAUGGUUCAAGGUAUUGAAAUGCCUCAGGGUAAUGACACUGCUGAGACAGCACCAGACGCACCACCAACCACAGCAAGACGUCGGAGAAAGAUCUCCAACAUCUGGGAGCAUUUCACAACUGAAACCAAUUCUGAUGGAUGCACACGAGCAUGCUGUAAUUAUUGCAAGAGAACCUUUGCUGGCUCCAAAACAGCAGGCACUAGCCAUCUAAAGAGGCACAUUAGCCUGGGUUCAUGUCCUGUGAUGAAAGGUCAAGUGCCACCUUCAUCAGGAAGGACAGGAAAUCAUGGCAGCUGUGCUGCUAAGAGGCAAUGCAUACAUGCUGGCCCUGGAAACGAUACAUUUAAUCGAAACGGCAAUACAUCGUAUCUGGGGAACAUGGACAUUCUGACUGAGCAGCCUCUAGGUACAAAACAAGGAAAUGAAUACUCAAUAUCAAAAUGCUUAAAAGUGUUACAUGACAUGGACAAUGUGUCGGAUGAGAUCAAGCAUCUUGCCCUUCAUGUUCUCAAGGAUGCAACAAAUCGAGAGAUAUUCAUGAGCUAUGAAUCAAGGCUCCGUGGUUUGUGGUUGAAGAAGGAAGUUAGCAAACUUUGAACAUAACAGACUCUAUGUAGUCCGACAUGGCAUUGGCACCUCGUCAACACUGUUUGUACAUAUUUCAGUUUCUUAUUUUCGUCUGGCUGCUGUAUAAUCUGAGUACACAAGAGAAGCUACAACAGGCUGCAAAACAUACAGCCGUGAUUUUCUUUCUUUGAAUGCUGCAUCAUUUUUCUUUUUUCUUUGUUGAGACGCUGCCUUUGUUCACUGGGCAAAACAUAAAACAAAGGCUUUUUUUAAGAGAUAAUUUCUUGAAUCCCAAGGUCCUCUGAUGAAUCAGAACUUAAAGUUUUGUGGUUGGAGGAAGUUUGUGUAAUAAAUUCUGUUGUUUUGCCCUCUAUUUUCCGUUUUUCUUUUUGAGUGCAACAUUCAAGCUUGGAUA